AUGUCGCAACAGCACGAGGUGCUGGGCGCUCACAUUCCGCUGAACGGAGGCAUCACUGAGGAGACGUUCCGCAGUAUCGUCUCGCUCGUGCCGGGAUGCGAGUGGAGCCACCUGCACCCAACGGCAGCACCCUCGCGCAGCUACCUUGGCGUGUGCUUCCUGUGCCCGCCCUCUACGGACGCGGCGCCGAGCACGGGCCGCUCGCCGUUCAUUAGGGCGAGCACCAAGUGCAGCACCGAGCGCGAGUGGCAGCAGAUCGCGUUCGACCGUUCGCUCGACCAGGCCGGGGCUGCGCCACUAGCGCCAGACGACGACAGCCCCGCCCGGGCCCUGCAGCCGCCAGUCACGGAGGCCGUCUGCCUGUGCGAGGUCGACUGGAUACCUGAGGACGUCUGCCACGGACCCGACGACCUCGUUGACUCAGGGCUGCUGCCAGGAGGCUGUCCAGUGCUCGUGUCGCACACAAGUCGCUGCCGCUGCUCUCCGGCGCGGCCGCUGACGCCGCUUCCUGCUCCCGCGCCGGAGAAUAGAGCAAGCGAUGCCGCGGAGGCCGGCACGGCGGGCGUGAUGGCCGGCAGUGCGCGCGAGGGGGAAACCUGCACGUCGCGCUUGCGGAGGGCGCCGGAGGCGGACUCGCGGGGUGCAUCGCCGUUCAGGAGCUCCUCACUGCGCAAAGGACACCAGCGAGGCAGGCCGCGGGUUCCGGCGCGCUCCGCGUGGCUCACGCCGCGAGCCGCCGUCGUUGUCAUGACCCCUGCGUCAGACGCAACGACGCACGCCCCGGGGGGGUGCUCGGAAGGAAUCGUCGACGACAUCGACGCUCCCUGGGAUCCCGAAGCUGCACCAGCGGGCUGCAGGGCCUGCGAGCCGCUGCGGGCGCCUCCGGGGGAGCCGAGGGGUUGUUGGGUAGUCAUUCUCCUAGGACCCCCCCCUGGCCCGACGCUGGCCACGGAGCUCCGCUGGUGGCAGCACACGGAGCCGCCGUCUCUGCCGCAUCGCAUGUUCCUGGCGGCACAGCUCAUGGCGGCCAUGGCGGACGCCCACGAGCGCGGUGGCAUCAUCGGCGGCGCAUGCCUCUCUUUGCAGGCCGUGUUCGUCGCGCCUGGCCCGUGGCUCACGAUCCACCGCCGCACGUUCGCUCUGAUGGUCGCCCUCCACCGCGCGAAGCGCGCAGCUCCGGCGGCUGACCCGACGCCGCGCGGGGAGGGGUCGGAGCCACGCCACAGUGCAAGCCGCGCAGGGGACGUGGCCGCCAUGGGAGGGCGGUGGGCGUCCGUCGAGGACAUGACUGCGGCGUGGGAGGCCGGCUCCGGCACCACGCUCGGGCACAUUCUGCGGCUCAACUUGCUCGCAGGGCGCGUGCGCAACUCACCGGCGCACCCCGUCGUCCCGUGGGUGUCUGACGUCACGCGCGACCCCCGCGCGAACGGCGGCGAGCAGCAGGGCUGGCGGGACCUCGCGCUGUCGAAGUGGCGUGUCGUGCGCGGCGACGAGCAGCUCAGGGCGGCCUACCGCUCCUCGCGCCCGCCGCACCACGUGCCCGCAGCGCUGCUGAACGGCCACGCGCGAGCGAUGUACCUGGCGCGCGUGCUGCCCCGCGCGGUCCUCGAGGCCGAAGUCCGCCGGCGCGUCCGCGCCGGAGACUACCCGGGGGGGGUGUUGCGCUUGUACCAAGCGUCCCCCGAAGAAGCCAUCCCGGAGUUCUACGACGACCCCACCGUUCUGCGCUCGAUCCACACGGGCGAGCGCGCGAGCGCCGCGGAGGCCGGCAGCCCCGGCGGCGACGGCCCGCUCGCGCUGCCGGACCUGCAGCCCCCCGACUGGGCGCGUGGGCCAGAGGACUUUGUUCGCGCUCACCGGUGGGCGCUUGAGAGCGCGAGGGUGGCGCGGGACCUACCGGCGUGGAUCGACCUGCACUUUGGGUCCCGGCUGCUGUCGUCUGCGGACCUCAACGUCCCUGCGCGGGCGACGCGCGAAGAGGUGAACGCGGGCGUUGCACGCACGAAGGUUCUGUCCGGGGCGCACCCUCAGGGGGCGAGGCGCGCGGAGAUGAUCGUGAACGGGAUCGUGUCGUCGCGGGACGCGCGGCGGGGGUCCUCGACCGAGACUGAGGAGGGGAUGUCACGGCGAGGUUCCCCGGGGGCGUGUUGCUGCUCCGCGGCGGGGGCGGACGCGCACCUGCCGCAGGCGACGGACGUGAUCCUGUCGGUGUCCGUCGUCCCGCACCACUGCUGCGACAUCUGCACCGCGGACCUCGCGAACGCCGGCGCGGCGGGCCUGGACGCGUGGCCGCUGUCGAGGGCAGGAAUGCUCGAAAGCGCUCGGCUGUCGAUGCUCGUCGGGGGCGCGCGCGCGGCGCUGCACCAGCGCGACAUCUUCUUUGCCCUUCCGGCGCUCAUAUCCGUGCUGUCGGGCCACCCGAUUCUCGCCGCACCGGCCCCGUGGGACCAAACGCUGCGUGAGGCGGCGGCGGCGUUGUUGCCUCAGCACAGCGCGGUGGUGGGCACGCUGGUCGCGGGGGCGCUCUCGCGGGACCCGGAGUCGACGGCGAGUUGCGCGCUGGCGCGGCUGGAGAGCGGGGAGGCCGGCGCUGACGUCAGGCACGCAAGGGAGGUCAUUGCUUCACUCCCCCAGGGGGAGUCCGCGCUUGGACGACUCGCAUCGCUGGCGCAGCGGGGCGAACUCGCCGCGCUCGGCGCGAGCCCGGUGACCCUCGAGCUCACGCUGCCCUCGCUGCUCAUCGCCGCGGAACAUGCCGCGUGGGGCCGCGGGGCAACACCAAAAGCCGCCGCGCAACUCGGGGACAUGGUCUCGGCUCUGACGCUGAUGCUCCCGCGCCAGAUGGCCGUGCAGCAGCUCGCGCCGGCGAUCUCGCGCGUCGCCGGAGGCGGACCGAGCGCGGUCGCGUCGGCGUUCGGCGGUCCGACCGCGCAGUCCUCGAUCCUGCGCGGUCUCGGCGUCCGCGUCUACUGUGCGCGCAUGCUGCCAUGUCUGACCCGGAUGCUCUGUCAGGCGCGAGCCCGGACGUCGGAGCCCUCGAACGACGCGUCGUCCGUCGACUCUCCGCGCACUCCGCGCGCGGGAACGCCCGCAACGGCGCCCACGUGUGUUGCGGCGGGCGCAGCGGCAGUUCAGGUGGCGAACGAGCUGCCGCCCGGCGUCGCAGCGGCACGCAUCCUCGUGCCGGUCCUGCACUAUCUUCGCGCGGGGCAGCUGGACACCGCGGCAACGGUCGCGCCGCUCGUCAGUCUCGUCAGCAACCUUCCACAAGGGCUGCUUGACUCAGCGUUCAGGGUCAUGGUCGGUCUGGCGCUUGAUGUGGCACGCACCAACGCGUCCGCGGACGCCGGCACUCUCAGGGUCUUUCUGUCCGCGCUGACGGCGGCGGCGCCGCGCUGCGGCCCCGCGGCGCUGCGCUGGGCCCUCGUCACCUCCGGGGGACUCUUGCCUGACUCAUGCUCGCGCACCCCUGCGCCGCUGGUCCAGCUCGCCUCCGCGUGCCACGGCGGCCCGACUGGAGACACGCACGUCCCCGCAGCCGCGUCGUGGUCGUCGGUCGCGCUCACGGUCGUCGCGAUGCGGGCGCUGGGCGACGCUUCUCUCCUCGCAGACAACGUGCUGCCAAGCCUCGUGGACGCGCUCCCCAGGCCGGGCGGGCAGCGCGGCGCGUCGAGCGGGCACUCGGCGGACACGCGCCAGGACGACGCGGCGUCGGGCCGCAGCGGCGCGCCUGACGCAGGUCCGUGGGAGGUGUUGUACCCGGAGGUGUCAUUGCUGCUCGGGGACGACGUGGCGCGGCGCGUGGUGCCGUUCUGGCGGCAGCUGCCCGAGCGCGAUCCGGAUCUGGUGCGGGGCUCCGAGGCGAAGUCGCGGACGAGCCGCAGCCCCCCGGGAGCCUCGGCGGGCACGCCGCAAGCACCACGGGGGCGCCGUGGCGCGCUGUGGGCGUCGGGGCACGGAUCUUCUGCGCCGCACCGGACCACGAGCCUGCCGGACGGCUCCACGGACGGCUCCGUGCGGAGUCGCGAGGCUGGGUCGCAGGGGGGGGUGUGUUCGCCGUGGUCGUGGUAUGACGCAGCAGCCCUCGAGGGCUGGCUCCGGCAGCGCAGGGGGCAGACCGGUAUGACAGUGGGACGUCUUGGCGCCGUCGACGACGGCGACGGCGCCCCGAGCGCGCGCGUCCUCGAAGGUAGAACACUAUUAAACUGGAAAGCCUUCAAGGGCGCCGUCAGGCACGUGGUUCCGUGGGAGGCUGGCGGCUGGGCGAUUGCGGUCGGGAGCGCGGCAGCGGCGCCGCAGACCAUGAGUGCAGCGCACGCUGCGCGCGUGCGGAGCGCGGGCGGCGCCGCGAAGAGCGGGCUGCAUCCCUGGCCUGUCGAAGUCAGGGAACUUGCGACCGGGGCGAUUCUGCACCGGCACACGGGGCACCGGUCCGCGGUGACGGCGGCGGCGGCGGUGCACGAGCGCCUCGCGGCCACCGCGGACGUGCGCGGUUCGCUGCAGCUGUGGGGACCUUCAGUUCACGCCGGUCAUGGCAUGACGGCUCGUGCGGUGACGUGGGGGCGGCGGCCGAGCAGUGCGGCGGGCGGGCCCGGCGGCGGGCAGGGGGAGUACGUCUCGGCGCUCAGCACGGGCUGCCACGAGUUCGAUGCUGCUGGGGUGUUGGGGGGGUCGACAUCCGGUAUGAUUUUCAGCCUCGAUUGCGCGGUGCAGCACGUCACGUGCUCGUGGAAGCUGCCGGCGCCGGAGGCGGUCGUGUGCCUGGUUCCGAACGCGCUGUACGCCGCGGAGGGCUCGCACGGGCAGGUCGAGGCCGCGUGGGGGGGGUCGACCCUUCACUCCCCCGCGGGAGUCAUCGUGCCCCAGACGGGCCCGCUGGGGUCAGGCCGACGGGCGCAGCACCCGUGCGUGCUCGCAGCCGCGACAACCGGCGGGUCGCUCGCGCUCAUCGACUGCCGGCAACCGACGCCGGCGGCGUUCUGGCGCGCGCUGGCACCGAAGAUGCCCUCGUCGUCGUCGCCGCACUCACAGCAGGGCCCUACGGCGCUUUCAUGGUGCGACACGUGGGGCGUGGCGGUCGGGAACGGCGCCGGGCAGGUGCUUCUGUUCGAUUCGCGGCGCUUGCAAGACGUGCAGGUGGGCGCAGGGGCAGCGACGAUGAGUGCUGUCCUGUCGACGGACGCGCCGGGCGGGGCUGGGGCUGUGCUGGGGAUCCGCGAGGAGCACGACGGAACGAUGGUCGUGUGCGGCUCGUCGGCGGUGUGGAGCUUGCGUGCGGCCCCGGGGCGGAUCGGCGCGGGGGGUGUCGUCGACGCUGGGGUGGUAGAACAGGUGGUCCCGCUGCCUGAGUCAGGGCGGACGUGCAUGGGGUGGAUGCCACUGAUGGCGUGCGCGAUGCUCGGGGCAAGGGACGGGAACGUGUCGAUCGUGGGAUAG